AUGUUGUGGUUCUCCUGUUGCGAGCCAACGGGUGUCUGCCGACCCUGCACGCUGAAUGCUCGCAUUUUGGCACUUUUGUCUGGCCUUGCAGCUGCAAUGGCCAUCAAAAGUGAACAGCAUUUGAUAUCUCAACGUCUGCCAGUCGGCAUCUGGUUAUUUGAACUUGAGAUGGCCCGUCAAAGGUCAGGGGUCGGGUGUUCGUCCAGCCUACAGGAUUCGAUUAAUACCGAUAAAGCUGCGUUGAAGGGUCCAUCAUAUGGAAGACUUAUUCUUCUUGGGACAAAUGGUGGAGCUACUAGGCCGGAAAUUUCGAGGAAUGGAGACACAUGUCUAGACCUCUUUCAAAGGCCAUGUUCUAACGGUGUUACUCCUGGGCCUGUAUCUUUUGUUCCUGACUCGACAAAGUCUGAAGUCUUUGUUAAUCCUAACCGCCAUGCUGUUUCGUACACCUUCAAUCGAACCAACACGGUUGUAGUUGAAUAUGUCCCUAACCCAAACAUUGACCUCUUUCAGAUCGGCCGAUAUAAAUCUCCGGUUAUCGAUUUCCACAUCGGAGACGCGGCCUUGCCGACGGAGACUACACCCGCCAACGAGAGUAACCCGUUUCUAUGCCGGAGGCGUGGGAAAUUUUUCCCCGGUAUAUUCGACAGGUCCUCUCCGUCACCCAAGAAACCGAUGGGUGCCCUCUUUACUGUCUCCCGCUUCGCCUGUCGCAUCGACAUCGAUCGAAGGCCGCCGCACACGGCCCGCAUCUACGCAGCCGGCUUUGAUAUGCGCAAUAAUAUUUUCCUCGGUGUUAUAGAAGAAGACAACGUGCUUGAGGACGGGACCCUCAUUGAUCUUUUCGGCGCUAUCCUCAUUUGGCGGUCGGCAGAGGGUCUAAAAAACGGUCUAACCCUCACCGACAUCGGUGAAAUGGUGAAUAUUCUCAAUCAGCUUCACAUCCAAUGUCCUGUUUACUUGAAAACUCUCCAUUUCGAGGGAUUUGGUGCACCCCGAAUUCCUUCCGAAUACUUUUGUUCAGCAGCAUCAGGUCAGGAUUUCUCUAGCUCCUCUAUAGGUGCCACCUUUGGUGGUGGGGGCCAGCCCCACGUAUACCUGAACUGCGGCCAUGUGCACGGCUAUCACGACUGGCAGCCCAGCAACCAGCAAUUCUCAUCUGAACAGGAUAAACGGACGUGUCCCCUGUGCCGACAGACGUCGCGAUUUGUUCGUAUCUCCGUUGGCGAGGAGGUCGGCUUUUUCGUGGAUCGGGGCGCCCCUUCGCAUUGCUUCAAUCCCUGUGGCCACAUCGCCUCUGAGGCAACUGUCAGGUUUUGGUCAAAGUUGAAGCUACCAGCUACCAGUCAAACACCAAUGUUAUCGAAAUGUCCCUUCUGCGCUCACGUGAUUGAGGGACCGCCUGUGCGACUGAUCUUCCAACACCGCGCGGACGAGAGCACCCUGAAAGAAGCCUUUGAGGCUUUUAACUGCACUCCUUUCGACUCGCCCCAUCGCGCCAACCCCUUCGUCUUCGCUCCUGUGACUACCCCCACCGCCUCUGCCGACGUCGACUCAGUUAUCGAUUGA